AGUUGGUCAGGACUUCUGACCGUGCUGCUUUUCCCUUUCCCACCCAUCCUUCUUCUUUCUCUCUCUUUUUUCCUUUUCUUAUCUUUUUCUUCUUCUUCUUCUCUUCUUCCCUGCUCUGCACGAUCCUGACCCGAGCCUUCAAAUCGAACCCCUGCAUGCAUACACUGCUCCAACCUGCACCGUCCUCCGCACACGCCAACGGCUUCCGUACACGCCAACUCUCUCUCUCUCUAUCUCUCAAUUGGAGAAAACCCGCAGCUCGGGUUCUUCUUCAGGGGGCUCGUCCACAGACACAAAAAAAACCCUCAGCUCGGACGCUCGUUUUCACCCUCAGCUCCAACACACUCUCUCGGGAACUCACGGCCCUUAGCUCCGACUCUCUCGGUCCUCACACACGCCAACCCUCUCUCUCUCCCUCUCGGCUUUUAUUCGAAAAAAGAAACCCGUAGCUCGACUUCGGGAGGACUCGAACUCCCGGAUUCCCUCAGCUCCCCGAUGCCAUGACCCUGCGACUCGUCCCCAAUGCCCACAGCUUGCUCUUGGAUUCUGCUCCCCCAGCUGGCACCCAAAGUUCCUUGAGCUCGCGGCCCCGUUAACUCCAUCAACUCACCUCUUCUCCUCGGUUCCCUUUCGACACUAAUCGGGUCGGUUUUCAUUUUUUUUGGGUCGUACAGGGAACGCCCAUGAGCGGCCAGCCCAUUCGUGCGCCCAGCCACCCAGCCCGUGCGCGUCCAGUAGCUCGGCCCGCGGCUAGCAACCCAAUCGUGUCCAGUAGAGGCCCAAUUCGGUUAAGGGGCAGUCCAGUCCAGCCCAGUGGCCCAACUCGGCCCAGCAGCCCACUCGACCCAGUCUGGAUCUCAAAGGCCUAGUUUGGCCUAGUCUAGCCCAGUCCGGCCCAAUCCUCCCAGCAGCCCAACUCGUCCAGAACCUCCCUUAUUUACAGAACUGCCCCCGUUCUUCUCUAACUAGUUAAUGCUAUCCAUGGCAUCAAACAAGGGUACAGCUUGGACAGACACAACUGGCAGGGCGACCCUUGUGUUCCGAAAGAUUACAAAUGGGAUGGAUUGAGUUGUAGAUAUAUCGGUCCUCCAAGAAUCAUUUUAUUCAACUUAAGCUUCAGCAAUUUAAGUGGAACCAUAGGUGAUUGGUUCUCCGGCUUUUCGGCUUUGGAAUCCUUGCAGGAAGAACAGCAGAGGCCUAAAACAUGAAAAUUGAAAAUUGGUACUCAAAAUGUGCAACGCCGGGCCUUUGCAGACAUGGUGAAUUUCUUGCUUGGAGUUUUAGGGCUGGAUUACUUGCACAAUGGCUGCAAACCCCCUAUCAUCCAUAGAGAUUUGAAACAUCCCAAUAUUUUGUUGAAUGAGAAAAUGCAAGCUAAAAUUGCUGACUUUGGGCUAUCGAGAGCGUUUGCAUCGGAAAGCAACUCUUAUAUUUCAACCCGUCCUGCCGGCACUCCUGGCUACCUUGACCCUGAGUUUCAGAUCUGUGGAAAUUUUAGCCGAAGAAGCGAUGUAUAUAGUUUUGGAGUCAUUCUUUUGGAACUUAUCACGGGGCAACCCGCAAUUAUGAGAGUACCUGAGGGCAUCAUUCUCAUAAUCCAGUGGGUGACUCUUUUCAUCGAGGCAGGAGACAUACAGAGCAGCAUAGAUCCCCGGUUAGAUGGGAAGCUCGAAUCCAACUCUGCAUGGAAAUUGGUGGAAACAGCUAUGGAAUGUGUCCGGGCAGCUGCUAUACAGAGGCCUGACAUAAGUCAGGUGUUACUUGAACUAAAGGAAUGUUGGGCUAUGGAGACGACAGCAUUCGGGAGAAGAUUGGGCGACUCUUUUGAGAUGACGCCAGCGGUACUGGACUCCGAUUCUAGUCCUUCUGCAAGAUAGCUGGUCCAGGCUGUGUGGAGAUUAAUAUUUCAGUUCAAGAAUUUAGAGUUUGCUCUGCUUUUACCUUCAGUUCACCUUUGUUGGUUUUAAUCGUGAAUGUCAUCUCUAUGGCUGAAGACAUUCCUUAAGUUCCCGUCAGCAUAUUCAUGAUUAACCUGACACCGCCUCUGAAUUGGGCAUUA